AUGUAUGAACCAGACGAGACACGAGCAUUAUGGGAGAUGUAUGAGCCAGACGAGACACGAGCAUUACGGGAGAUGUAUGAACCAGACGAGACAAGAGCAUUAUGGGAGAUGCUUGAACCAGACGAGACACGAGCAUUAUGGGAGAUGAAUGAACCAGACGAGACACGUUCAUUAUGGGAGAUGUAUGAACCAGACGAGACACGAGCAUUAUGGGAGCUGAAUGAACCAGACGAUACGCGAGCAUUAUGGGAGAUGUUUGAAUCAGACGAGACACGAGCAUUAUGGGAGAUGUUUGAAUCAGACAAUACACGAGCAUUAUGGAAGAUGUAUGAACCAGACGAGACAUGA